AUGGUUCAAGGUGGACACUGCGACCCUAAUGAGGCUCAGAGUGGAGAGCAGAUAUGUACAGCGCUUGGACAGAGGGAGAAGAUGAUGGGAUUAGUGACGGAUGCCAUGCAACUAGAAGAUCCGCCCGCUAUCGAUUGGACAGAUCUGCCUGACCCCAAGGCGCUUGGUGUCUUCCAAGGCUGGCACGAGUCAGUGGCUGGCCGGUUAUGUAUGCGCAGCGUCAAACAAGAGGUCUCGUAG